AUGGCUUCUGCACAGAAGAAGCAGCAGACGAUAUCGUCUUUCUUCAAGAGACCUUCGUCGACUCCUACCUCCAAAUCUCGUCCGCAGAUCUCCACGGAAGAGGACGACGAAGACGAUGGAUUGGUAUUGCCUACGCCGAAAAGACGCCGCAUCACGCCCGUUGAAGAAGACCCAGAGGAGACUGGAAAUAUAGGAGAAGAGGAAGAGAUCGGGGAACCUGUGAUACCGCUGAGACCUGUUGCUGCCAAUGGACAAACACUCGCCACAAAUGAACCCGGAGCAUCAACCGGGACAGCAAAGUACUUUUAUUCUUCGUCACCUCAGCAGGAAAACCAGGAUCUCGAGGAAAUUAGCGGUGCGGAGAAGAGACGAAGAGACGAGCUACACCGGAAAUUUGUGAAGAAGUUGGGAAAGCCAGACAGUAUCGCUGAAAUCAAGCGGCGAAACCGACUGCUCGAAGAGGAUGCCGCAGACCAGGACAACGAAGAUGGAGAGGAAGAGCCUGUCGAAGAGGCACCGAAAUCGACCUCUCGAACCAAAAAAGGUGGCAACAAGCUGACGCCGAUGGAAAAGCAAGUCUUAGAGAUCAAGAGAGCGCACAUGGACACCUUGCUGGUGGUCGAAGUUGGUUACAAAUUCCGGUUCUUUGGCGAAGACGCCCGGAUCGCGGCCAAAGAACUCAGCAUCGUUUGUAUCCCGGGAAAGUACCGGUACGAUGAACAUCCCUCCGAGGCACACCUGGAUCGUUUUGCAUCUGCAAGCAUUCCGGUCCAUCGACUGCAUGUGCAUGUCAAGAGACUAGUUGCCGCUGGUCACAAAGUUGGCGUUGUGCGACAACUGGAGACCGCAGCGUUGAAGGCUGUUGGCGAUAACAGAAACGCACCUUUCGUGAGGAAGCUUACGAAUCUGUACACAAAAGGUACUUAUAUCGACGACAUCGAAGGCAUCGAAGAGGACAGUCGAGGGAGUCCCGCCCCACAGUCUCCGUCGACUGGAUUUCUACUCUGCAUGACAGAGGUCAACGUCAAAGGCUAUGGCAAUGACGAAAAAGUGCACGUUGGUCUGGUAGCAGUCCAGCCUGCUACAGGCGAUAUUGUGUACGAUGAUUUUGAGGACGGUUUCAUGCGGAGCGAAAUCGAGACCAGACUGCUCCACAUUGCGCCAUGCGAGUUCCUCAUCGUGGGCGAGCUCUCAAAGGCCACCGAGAAGCUUGUUAUCCAUCUGUCCGGCAGCAAGACCAACGUUUUCGGCGACAAGAUUCGGGUUGAGCGGGUUGCAAAAGAGAAAACUGUGGCAGCUCAAGCUCACAGCCACAUAUCGACUUUUUACGCCGAAAGGCUCAAAGAUUCCCGGUCAGACGCAGAGAAGGCAGCGAAAAUCUUUGAUAAGAUCAUGGCUUUACCAGAAAAUGUAUCCGUCUGCCUCUCAGCAAUGAUCAAACACUUGUCCGAGUAUGGACUUGAGCACGUCUUCCAACUGGCCAAAUACUUCCAGCCGUUUUCCGCUCGAUCCCACAUGCUACUCAAUGGAAACACCUUGACAAGUCUCGAGAUCUACUUGAACCAGACGGACCAUUCCACAAAAGGCAGUUUGUACUGGAUGAUGGAUCGAACGCAGACAAAAUUCGGAGGCAGACUGCUGCGAAAAUGGGUUGGACGGCCACUGCUGGAUGUACAAAGCAUUGAACACCGACUCAACGCUGUGGAAGAGCUUCUGAGUCCCGACAAAGCCGUCCAGGCGGAUAAGUUGAGGCGUGUGUUGUCGAAGAUUAGGACCGAUCUGGAGAAAAGCCUUAUUCGGAUUUACUACGGCAAGUGUACGAGACCAGAGUUAUUGAAUGUCCUCCAGUCGCUACAGAUGUUGGCGACCGAAUUUGCGUAUGCGACUGAUGCAGCAUCUACUGGUUUCGCCUCAGAUCUGAUCUCUUCUGCAAUGGUCUCUCUCCCGGUAAUACUGACAGAGGUGGUGGGAUAUCUGGACAAGAUCAAUCUUCAAGCUGCCAAGUCCGAUGACAAGUACGCCUUCUUCCAGGAUGCUUCAGAGACUGAGGCCAUUUCCGAGCAUAAAUUCGGCAUUGCUGGCGUUGAGCAUGACCUCGACCAAUUUCGAUCAACUGCCGCCGAAAAAUUGGGCAAGAAAAAGGCAAUUGACUACGUGACUGUGGCAGGCAUCGAGUACCUAAUCGAGGUCGAGAACAACUCUCCCACAAUCAAGAAAGUCCCGGCAUCCUGGGCAAAGAUCUCGGGAACCAAAAAGGUGUCUCGAUUUCAUCCACCAGAAAUUGUCAAGCUUCUGCGAGAGAGGGACCAGCACAAGGAGUCUCUGGCGGCUGCGUGUGAUGAAGCGUUCAGAGACCUGCUCGCCGACAUCAGCACAAAGUAUCAGCUUUUCCGUGACACAAUCCAAAGCCUCGCAGCCCUGGAUUGCCUCUUGUCAUUGGCAAAUGUGGCAUCCCAGCCAGGCUACGUGCGUCCCAGCUUUGCAUCCGACACUCGGAUCGAAGUGCAAGGCGCCCGCCACCCUAUGGUCGAGCAACUCCUCAUCGAUUCUUACGUACCCAAUGACGUCUCCAUCUGCCGAGACUCGACGCGGGCUCUCCUGGUGACAGGGCCCAACAUGGGCGGCAAGUCUUCCUACGUCCGUUCCGUGGCCCUCAUCGCCAUCAUGGCACAAAUCGGGUCUUUCGUGCCGGCGGCGUCCGCAACGUUGGGCAUUCUGGACGCAGUCUUCACCCGCAUGGGCGCGUUUGACAACAUGAUGUCUGGCGAAUCGACCUUCAUGGUCGAACUCAGCGAAACAAGCGACAUUUUGAAACUCGCCACGGACCGCAGUCUGGUAGUGCUGGAUGAAUUGGGCAGAGGAACAAGCACGCAUGAUGGUGUCGCCAUCGCCGCCUCCGUGCUCGACUACCUCGUGAGAGAGCGGAAAUGCUUGACAUUGUUUAUCACUCAUUAUCAGAUGCUGGCACGCAUGGCGGAUGGUUUCCCGAAUGGAGAACUCAAAAACGUCCACAUGCGUUUCACAGAGACGAAUGACGAGAACAUCACCUUUCUCUACGAAGUGGGCGAAGGUGUGGCACAUCGCAGCUACGGUUUGAACGUGGCGAGGUUGGCCAAUCUGGGCGAGAGUGUGAUUGAAGUCGCCAGGGAGAAGAGUCGGGAGUUGGAAGAGACGACGAGGCAGCGGCAGCUGGGCGGUCUUGCCAGGGCGCUGGUGCAGGGAUCAAAUAAGAAGAGAGUGGGAGGUGAGAGCCUAGAGGCGUUGGUGGAGGGCAUAGAGAUGCUUUAA